GGGUGGGGCCUACACUCACAUGGCCCCGGAGGUAGGUCACUGGCACUUGUGGGGUCUCCCCAAGCUAGGGCCUGGACGCAGGAAAUGCAACCCCAGCGUCUGGGGACCAGAGCCGGGAUGGGACCAGCCUGCCUGGGAUGCCGCCAACGCAGACACUAUUCACCGAUCAGAAACCGGAUAAAGAUGUUGUAUCAAAGAACAUUCUACUUCCACUUUAAGAACCUCCGCCACGCCAACGACCGAAAGAAUACUUUCUUGUGCUACGAAGUGAACAGAAUAGAGUGCAAUUUGCUUGUCCCCUUUUACCAGGGGAUCUUUACAAAAGAGGGCGACCUCCAUGCUGAACUGUGCUUCCUUUACUGGUUCCACAACCAGUUCCUGGAAGAGUCCCCCGGUGACGAGUACAGGAUCACGUGGUACCUGUCCUGGAGCCCCUGCUGCGACUGCGCGGAGCAGGUAGCCAGGUUCCUGGCCACACACCGCAACCUGCGCCUGGCCAUCUUCAGCGCCCGUCUGUACUACUUCUGGGACCCACAUUACCAGGAGAAGCUUCGCAGGCUGACUCAGGAAGGAGCCCGGAUGGUCGCCAUGGACUACCCAGAAUUUAAAAAGUGUUGGGACAAGUUUGUGUACAAUGGUGGACAGCCAUUCAGGCCUUGGAAGAGACUGAAAAUAAAUUUUAGUUUCUACGAUUCCAAGCUUCAGGAGAUUCUCAGCCCAGGGAGCCUGCUACGGGAAGAAGUGUUUCGAGUGCAGUUUAGUAACAGUCAGAGGGCCGUGCCAAUCCAGCCGGGCCGCUACUGCCGCAGGAAGACCUACCUGUGCUACCAGCUGGAGCAGCCCGGUGCCCAAGAGCCACUCAAAGGCUGCCUGCAAAACAAGAAAGGCAAACAUGCAGAAAUCCGCCUCAUUGAUGAGAUGCGUUCCCUGGGGCUGGGCAAAGCGCAGAUUACCUGCUACCUCACGUGGAGUCCCUGCAGGAAGUGUGCCCAGGAACUGGCUACAUUCAAAAAGGAUCACCCAGACCUGGUUCUGCGCAUCUACGCCUCCCGCCUGUACUUCCACUGGAGCAGGAAGUACCAGAAAGGGCUGUGCUUCCUGUGGCUCUCAGGGAUCCACAUAGACGUCAUGGACCUCCCGCAGUUUACUGACUGCUGGACAAACUUCGUGAACCCUCAAAGGCUGUUCAAGCCGUGGCAUGGACUGGAAAAAAACAGCCAGAGCAUAAAAAGGAGGCUGAGGAGGAUCAAGGAGUCCUGGAAUCUGCAAGAUUUGAUAAAUGAUUUUGAAAAACUACAACUUGGACCCCCGUUGCCCUGAAUGGCAAGAAGAGAUUCAAGACAGUCUCUAGACGGCCUUUGGGUUCUACCCCAAUCCCAAGUCUAGAAGAUCUUGCUCUCCUGUUUUAAUUUUUCCUUUUGGUUUUUUGUUGUUUUGUUUUGUUUUUUUUUUUGAGGACAGGGUCUCACUGUGUAGCCUGCUUCUCUGGAACUCACUAUUGGAACAGGCUGGCCUUAAACUCAAAGAUCCACUUGCUUCUGCCCUCUAGUGCUAGGAAUAAAGCAUGCUCCACUGUUCUGGGCCUUCCUUUCCUUCCUUGUUCUUUUAUUUUCUCUCUCUCUCUUUCUCUCUCUCUCUCUCUUCUCUCUCUCUCUCUCUGGUUUUUCAAGACAGGGUUUCUCUGUGUAGCCUUGACUGUCCAGGAUGGCCUCAAACUCACAGUGAUCCACCUGCCUCUGCCUCCUCCAAGUGCUGGGAUUACAGGCGUGUGCCACAGCACCGAACUCUUAAUUCUCAUUUUAUCUCCCCCUCCACCCCCAUCGAUAGGUGCUUAAUUUUGUAAGUGAAAAAUUUAAGUUGGGCCAGGCUUGGUGAAGCAUGCCUUUAAUCCCAGGACUCAGGUGGCAAAGGCAGGAGGAUCUCUGUGAGUUUGAGACCAGCCUCAUCUGCAUGGUGAGCUCCAGGACUAUACAAACAGACCCAGUCUCAAACAAACAAACAAAUAAAUAGGGAGAAGAAAAAGAAAAAAAAAUUAAGUUGGUCUUGAUGCGCCCUGUCUGUUUAAGGCAAGAGGAUUGUCACAAGUUUGAGGUCAUCCUGGGCUAUAUAUAAUGAGAUCCUGUCUCAAAAAAUAGAAUUGUUAGGGGAUGGUUUGGUGCUAUGCAUUCAAAUGCUAAAUUACUGGCUUCCAAGAUCUGACUGCAGCUCAUUCUCACAUAUACCAAGUGAUGUUGUGUAAACUUUGCUCGCCAAUAUUAUCUGACUGGUUAAAUAAAGUUGCUGAGAGCCUGUAACUGGGCAGAAGUAGGCAGAGCUUGGGUUCCUGGGCUUGGGGGUCAGAUAGGGACCACAAGGCUAGGAGGAGAGAAAGGAAGCAGAGGAUGUAGCAGGAGGUGAAGAACCUGGAGGGAAGGAAGUCAUGGGGAGUAUGGACCUUGAGCAUGUGGCCUUGAGAGCUGGCCUGAUGGAACAGAGGCAGCCCAGGCAGGAACAAUUAUGGCAGGUAACUGGAGGGUGUGUUGCUGGGAAAUAGCAAAAUAGCUUAGGGGGGUUGGUAUCUGCCCAGUUACUAUGCUUUAAAGCUUUCAUAAAUCCAA